CUCGUUAAGUACAAGACUGAUGAGAAUGAGGAAGACCUCCCAGCCUGGCAGUGGCUUCAGCAACUAGUUGGGACAUUAGGAGAAGACAGCAUGAGUUUGGAGGAGAGCGAUGUGGAAAAUGAUAUUGAAACAGUUCUUCAUGUCAAGAACAUGACUUGGUGCCAUGCGAUCAAAUGGGAAUUGGAUAUUAUUGAUCACCAAAGGAUUGUGGAUGAUGAUAUCUUU